AUGACGAAUGAUGAUUGUGGCCCAGUCGAUGAUUCUGUGCUCUAUGGCCAAGCUAAUCACAUAAGCACAACAAUCUGGAACAGGGAGUUAAGAGAAAAGCUGACAAUCCGUCAGAGUACAUCUAAUCUCGGCCAAUGGAGAUUAAAUGAUUAUCAAGUCCACCUAUUGCAGCAAUGGGGAUUUGGGAAGUUUGUAAACCCAAAGUCGGUUAUGCAGAACGAUGUUUGCUUGAUCACAGCUGUAGUGGAGCGCUGGAGGCCCGAGACCAACACCUUUCACUUCACUUUCGGGGAGAUGACUGUGACCCUUGAAGAUGUAUACAUGUUGAUGGGUCUACCAGUGGUUGGAGAGCCAAUUAAAGUCGAUGAUGAAAUUCCGGGUAAGAAGACAUGGUUUCUAAGAUGGCACGAUCCAGCACUUACAGACGAAGAAAGGAAAUCGGCCUUGGACCGUGGUGGUGUGAAGUUGAAUUUUUUGAGAGAGAAAUAUGGUACUUGCCCUUCGAGUACAGAUCGAGAUAUGAUGGUGAUAUACAUGCGGGCAUAUGUUCUCUACUUGUGUGGGGCAAUAUUGUUUCCUACCAAGUCCAACAAUGCCGUCCACCCUCGAUUGAUCCUAUAUCUAGAGGAUUCGAACAAAAUUUAUGGAUAUGCUUGGGGGGCUGCAGUUCUUGCAUAUCUAUAUAGGAAUUUGAAAGAGGCAAGUAGAAAGGAUGUCAAGUCCAUAUCUGGUUGUACAACAGUUUUAAUGCUAUGGUCUCGUGAGAGGUUGCGCCCGGGACAACCUUUGAUAGCAGCACAUACGAGGAUGAUAUGGCCUAGGGCAUUAGCAUGGGCGGUUGCUUUGGUCUCUGCAGGAAGGUCAAAGUACUACAACAUUCAUCACAACAUCGAUGCAUACAGAGGGAUGUUCGAUAAUUUCUAUUUGGAAUGGUUGCGUUGGAGGCCAUAUGAACGUUUCUAUCGGAGGGAUGAUGAACAUUUCGAAAGAGCUCUAAUUGCCGGCAUUGCCCGUGUACCACUCCAUUAUUUUGAGGAUGUAGAGUACCAACUCCCCGAAAGGGUUCCAAGGCAAUUUAAUAUGCCGUUUUGUAUACUGCCAUAUCCCCCUACAAACAUGAGAGAUUUGAGGACUGCCCGAGGUAUGAGCGAGCUUUGUCUGCAUGAGAUGCCCCCGGUUUUCCAUGAUUCCAUAUUACCUACAUUUGUGAGGGGUUAUGAUGAGUUCAUGCUAGAGACGUUUGGUCCGACCUAUGAGAGGCCCGACUUCAAGAAUGUGCCGCCUAAAAGGAAGGCAAGAAGGACCAUGGAGUCAACGAGUCAACCGUUUGAGAGUGAAUACUUUAAAGAGUACGAAGCCUAUCAAUAA